UCAGCACCAUGCGGGCUACACCUCUAUUCAGCUGCAGGGGGAAAGAAGGAAACCAGCGUGUCAUAGAGUGCCACUUCACGAUUUUUUGCCUGGGCUUCUGUGAUCUUUCUGCACCUGGAGACUUCUGAACUAUGCAAACUUGUAAGACGCUGUUAGCGCUGCUAUUACAUGACUUGAGAGGAAGUACAUAUCUACUUGAUCCUUUUCCAACUCCUCGGAAUUAAACACAUUUACGAAUUUAACAUGAAGAUUGUGUCGUGGAGAUGUUUUUUGUAUUCAGUUUUAUUUAUUUUUUUGGAUAUAAGGACAGUUGCAACACAGGAUGGUUCUGCUAUGGGUUACCUGAAUCUGCCUUACAGCCAGGAGCCUGAGAUGUAUCCAGGUGUUGAUGUUGAUCCUGCAUUUGAUGACAAGAUUUUAAGUGAGGACCUUGCGGUUAUCCCCAGACGGAAACGAAACAUCUUUUUCCCAAGUGGAAUCAAGCUCUGUGCUCAAGAGACCGCCGAGCAAGUAGCUGCAAACCACUUGAGCUACUUUUACCUCAGAGUGUGCCAGGAAACCAUAUGGGAGGCUUUCAAGAUCUUCUGGGACCGUCUGCCAGAACAAGACGAGUACCAAAGCUGGAUGAGCAAAUGCCAGGAGGGUGCAGUCACGGCACAAGAUGUUGGCACCUACUUCAGCCAAUCAGAGGAGCAUCAGGCCCUGGUUAAAAAGGUAACGUCAGUGUUAAACAGUGAGCCCACGAGGUCCUGGCAACAUAUGUGCAGCACUACGACACCUGACACGGCGAAAUCUAUUGAGGCCCCUGAGCUUGAACUGAACCAAGUGCAAGAAUUCGAAGAAAUCACUAAAGAAGACAUGGAGGACAACGCAAACGACAUUAUCCCAGUCCUGGAAGAGAGCUCACUGGACAACGACAUUGCCGUGCAGCCUUCCACUCCUGCCGUGCUGGUACAGGUGGUGCAGCUGAGCAUCCUCCUGACCGGAGAAACGUUCAGCAACAACCUGGACGAUCCGAGCAGCCUGCAGUACCAAACACUCAGCACACAGCUCGGCGAAAAGAUAACAGACGCUCUGAAGGGGCUUCCUGGAUAUAGGAGUGUGUCUGUGCUCGACUUCAGACCGGAGAAGGACAACCAAGGGCAAGAUGGCGUGAUGGUGGACUUUGCUGUCACACUGGUAGUGGAUGGAGAAGGAGCAACCAAUGAACAGAUGGACUACCUGACCCUGCAGUCCAACCUGGUGGAGAAUUCGUAUCGCGAAGUCAUGGAGCUGAACCGUCCCACGAUCUACACCAUCAGCGAGAUCAAAAACUUUGUCACUGAAGCCAUGCAGCCACCCGAGCUGGAAAGCGUGUCUGAGGUCCCCGAGUCUUUUAACACCGCAGGAGGAGCCGCGGUCAAAGCUGCAGAUGAGCCACAAGAGGUCACGAUCAUCAGAGAGGACAACGAAGAUGUCAACAAGGAGGAUGUUCUCAGGGCGCUGCAGGCGACCGCGGAAAAUGAUGUCAUCGUCCUGGAGGAGAGCACAGUGGCGUCUCCUGCUCCUGUCCUGACCACGGCUGCACCUGAAGCCCACAGCAUUGAAGAGGAGGGUCUUUUGCUGAAGGAAGAUGUAAAAAACCCUCCAAUCAGGGAGCCCUCGGAUGUACUUCUGCCCGAACCGCCAGUGGAAAUUGAGUCCUCUGGUUCAGGCACAGAAGACCUGGAGGUUACCACCAAUGCAGGUGCAAAGGAGGUCACUGCUGUGGGAGAAGAACCAACCGCUGCAGUAGUGGUAGAGGAGCAUCUGGAUGAGCUUGUUGUGGAGGAGGCAGAGAACCCAGAAGAGCUGGAGACCUCGACAAUCACAACUGAGACCAUAGAAGAAGCCCUGCCUGAUAUGGUCCCUCCUCCGACGGCGGCUGUAGAUCCAGUGAGUGAAGCUCCGGAGCCGGAGACGUACACAGAGGUUCAUGUAAUCGAAGAGAGCGGCAUAGAGGAAGUGACACAGAGCGAGGGACAAGAGGUGACGGAAGCGAGCGCACCUGAAGCUCCGGCAGUAGAAGAAAAGUCUGCAGAGGCUCCAGCCAUCUCGACAGAGGAUCUUACCGAGGAUGAGAUUCUGCUCGUCAACAAAGAGGAAUCAGAGCUAGAGGUGACGGGCACUCCGAGCCCUCCUAAACCGACUGUUCUGUCUCCAGAGAGAGAGUCGCCUUUCACCCGUAUCUAUGAAGGAAACCUUGCCUCUGAAGGGCAGCCUGACGUUAUCAUCUCUUCAGUGGUUGAGAUCCAGACCAUUGAUGAAGACCCUGAUGAUGCCACCACUGGAGACCAGGAGUAUGAUUUGAUUCAGUACGGUUAUGGUUUGAUUAAUCACACUGAGGACGGCAGUACUAGCUUUCCGUUUGGGGUGGCACACGGCACAGACCAAGUCAGUAUCGCCAUGCCCGCUAACCCUGGAAGAGCACUGAUGGUUUUCUUCAGCCUCAGGGUGACCAACAUGAUCUUCUCUGACGACCUCUUCAACAAAAGCUCUCCAGAAUACAAAGCUCUGGAGCAACGCUUCUUAGAGCUGCUCGUUCCCUACCUGCAGUCUAACCUGACUAACUUUGAGAACCUGGAGAUCCUGAACUUCAGGAACGGGAGCAUCGUGGUCAACAGUCGGAUGAAAUUUGGCAAGCCUGUGCAGCAAGCCGUUACCAGCACCGUUUAUCUGAUCCUGGAAGACUUCUGUAACACAGCCUACCAGACCAUGAACCUGGCCAUCGAUAAGUACUCACUGGACGUGGAGUCAGGUGACAGAGCUGACCCCUGUAAGUUUCAGGCGUGCAACGAGUAUGCCGAGUGUAAAGUCAACCGGUGGUCGGGGGAGGCGGAGUGUGUCUGUAACGCGGGCUACUUCAGUGUGGAUGGCCUGCCCUGUCAGAGUAUCUGUGACCUGCAGACAGACUUUUGCCUCAAUGACGGCAAGUGUGACAUCAUCCCCGGUCAGGGAGCCAUCUGCAGGUGUCGUGUUGGGGAGAACUGGUGGUACCGAGGAGAGCACUGCGAGGAGUAUGUAUCCGAGCCACUCGUGGUUGGCAUAGCGAUCGCCUCAGUAGCUGGAUUCCUAUUGGUGGCCUCCGGAAUCAUCUUCUUCCUCGCCAGGACGUUACGGGAUCAGUAUGACAAGGAUGAGUCAGAGGACCCCAUAAGGCGAGCGGAGAGUCUGCCAUCUCUGGAGAGGGCGACCAAGUACAACCCCAUGUACGAAAGCGAAGCCACCACAGGUUACAGCCACUACUACCGCCGCUACCCUGAAACUCCGGUGUACAGCAGUGCCAGCGUAGAGGCCUCCACUGAAUUCAGCAGCGAGGAGAUACGACACAUUUAUGAGAACAGUGAACUGACCAAGGAGGAAAUCCAAGACAGGAUACGAAUUAUUGAGCUCUAUGCCAAGGACCGGCAGUUUGCAGAUUUCGUACGGCAACAUCAAGCUGGCCUGGAUACCCGCAGGGAGAGCUCCUCUGCACAGGCAUGAAAUUCUCCUGUGAACAACAAGAAACAUGUCUCUGUGUUUGAAUAAAAGAGAAACUCCCUGUCAAGACUCUCCUCUUGUUCAUCCCAACACUCAGACUCUGGAGUGUUUAAGGGAGACUUAUUCGUUUCUCGGACUUCUCUGCUCCUCACCAACGACCCCUCUUGUUA